GUCGAAAGGCAGAAAAUAAUGGGGAAGGGACAGGAGGAGAAAGUAAAUGGCAAUGGCAGCAGCUUGUUGGUGGAGCUGCCACUAGGCAAAGCAGCGGAGGGAUUCGAGCUAGAGAAGGCAAUAUGCAGCCAUGGGUUAUUCAUGUUGGCCCCUAACCAUUGGGACCCAAUCUCUCGCUCCUUCUCUCGCCCUUUACGUCUUACUUCUCCUCCGCUUACAGUCAUGCUCCGCAUCUCUCAGCCACCCACUUCCUCUUCCACUCUCCACCUCCGCGUUCAAGGCACCUCUGCCCUCUCGCCAUCGCACAGUCACUCUCUUUUAAACCAGGUGUCCAGAAUGCUGCGGUUGUCGGAAUCCGAGGAAAACAAUGUGAGGAAAUUUCAAAGCGUUGUCGAAGCAUUACAUACAGAAGAAAAAGAUGAAUUAGCGACCCAGUGUUUGAGGAGUUUCGGUGGGAGAGUUUUUAGGUCCCCUACUCUGUUUGAAGACAUGGUCAAGUGUAUACUUCUCUGCAACUGCCAGUUUUCAAGGACCUUGAGCAUGGCUAAGGCACUCUGUGAGCUUCAGUUUGAAAUUGAACACCAAAUUCCUAGUGUAAAGGCUGCUGAAGAAGACUUCAUCCCCAAAACGCCUACCUGGAAAGAGUCAAAGAGAAAGUUGAGGGUGUCUAAAGUCCCCAUGCGUUUAGAAAGCAAAUUCACAGAGGCAAAAGCAGAUAAUUCAGGGUUGGAUCUUCAGGCCUCCCAAGAUAUAGAAGAACCAUGUGACUACAAAGGCAUGGGAAGCUUCCCCAGUCCCGAAGAACUAGCUAACCUUGAUGAAAGUUUUCUUGCAAAACGAUGCAAUAUGGGGUACAGAGCAGGUAGAAUUUUAAAACUUGCGCAAGGAAUAGUCCAGGGAGAGAUUCAACUAAUGCAAUUGGAAGAAGAUUGCAAGGAAACAAACUCGUCCAAUUAUAAUAAGCUAUCUGAGCGGCUGCGUCAAAUUGAAGGGUUCGGUCCUUUCACAUGUGCCAAUGUGCUAAUGUGUAUGGGUUUUUACCAUGUCAUUCCAUCCGAUUCUGAAACUAUCAGGCAUUUGAAGCAGGUUCAUUCAAAAAGUUCUAGUAUAAAGACUGUUGGAAGGGAUGUCGAGCUUAUCUAUGCAAAAUAUGCACCAUUUCAGUUCUUGGCGUAUUGGGCAGAGCUGUGGCACUUUUAUGAGCAAAGGUUUGGUAAAUUAAGUGAACUGCCUGUCUCUGAUUAUAAACUCAUAACUGCUAGCAAUAUGAAGAUGAAGAAGACGAUAGCAACUCGUAAAAGGGCUAAGGUAUCUACCAAAGAGUAACCCUAACAUCUAUUUUAUUAACAAAAAUGA